GCGGUUUGCUCACCCGCCGGUGCCUCUCCCUGAUGGUCAAGAGGACGCCCGGCACUGGGAAGGGCGGCGGCGGCGGCGGCGGCGGCGGCGGUCCCGCCGAGAAGAAGCUCCAGACCAACAAGAAGGGAACCUUCAUCUUCACCAAGGUGGCUGACGGCCUCUUCGUGCAGCACAAGUGGGGCGCCAACUCGGGGCAGAUUGGCAUCCCGAACGAGUCACUAAAAGAGUUUGCGCAGCUGGUGCUCUCGAUGAGCGGGAAGGGCGGCGGCGGGAAGGGCGCGGCGAAGCCGGCGUCCAAGGGCGUGGCCAAGAAGGAGAAGAAGAAGAAGGAGCCCGAGAAGAAGCCCACGGCGGAGGAGCUCGACGCAGACCUCGGCGCGCCCUCUCGCCGUCUUUGAAAGACUCGCGCCCGCCACACGCUCGAAGCCCGCGCAGCCCUGCUCGCAGCGCCACUCUCGCGGCCCCGCGCGCAGCGCUUCGCCAUUGUCGCACCUCGCCGCACCCACCGCACCUGUCGCGUGUGCACCAGUCGCGUGUGCCCACCCUGCAGACCGCCCUCACUCCCACCCUACAGACAACCCUCAGCGCAGCUCUCUCUCUCUCCCCCCCCCCCCCUCCCCCCUUCUCCCUCUCACGUUUUCUCGCUCGCUCACUCUGAUCAGCACCUGUGCUCUCCCUCUCUGUCCGACAGGCGCCUACACCUCCGGCCGCGG